CUUCUCUAUCACUCCACAUCAGACAAACAAAACAUCGUAUUUAUCAAAGAUUUAUCGCACAAAACACCUACGGUUUGUUGAGAUGAAGAAGUAGUGUUAUGGAAAGGGACUGUGGGUAUUCAACUGAUUGCUUCGUUAAUGUUUCUUUACCGAUUUACCGAUGGAAAUAAAGUGUCAAACCGCUGUUUGUGUCGGACGCUCAUGCCUGCCACAACAGUGCAUUGACACUGAACAAGAAGCGCUGUCUUCGAAGUUUUAUAUAAAACUGCUAGCUUUCUUGAGGAAAAAAUGCCUGGAAAGUAGUGCUAGCUCGUUAUAAUGGCGAAACAGCCUUCAAAAGAUUCCGCAAGUCGCGAAGAGCUAAGCUUGUUUUUAAAGCAGCUUUCGCUCGAGUAUUUGGACAAUGUUUUUCCAAACUCUAUGAACCUACAACAGUUCAGAGCGUUAACUGAGGAUGAAUUAGAGCAAAGUUUUCAUGUUCAAAACGAGAAAGACCGGGAAGAAUUGAUGAGAGCUGUAAACAGGUCGAGGGAAGAUUAUAGCGAUGAUGAAGACGAGGUUUGAUUCAUAUUUUUUUAAUUAUUUUAUAUUCAUUAUUGGCAUUAUUCUGUGUCUGUGAAUAUGAGUAACACUUAUUAGCAUUUACAUUAGUUUAUCGUCAAUAUAAAAUUGUGUACUUUUGGUCAUAUAACUCAUAUUUAGUGAAAUGUUAUUGUGUAAAUUUGCUUCAAAGUCCCUUUAAACUUUACAUGUGCCGAUAUGUUUCUGAAUCCUUGUAUUUGUUUAUUGUUUAACAUUCUAACUGAAUGUAAAAUUUGUUAGCCUAUAAAUGUUAAAAUGUUAUAAUGUAUGCCAAAAACCAACAGUAUGUCUCGUUUUAUAAAUAAAAUAAUCUAAAGAAUUCUCUUAGUUGCAAAUAUAUCGAAAUUUUUGUAUUCUGUCUGUUAUAAAACAUUUGCUUUGAAGUUUAAAUCCCCAACAAUUUGAUCAAAAAUCGUUCAAAUUUGGUUUUUAAAUAUUUUUGGUUUUUACAUUAUAAAGUAUUUCAGCCCUUUAUUUAAUGACAAAAAUGUAAUAAUCGAUGGACAUCUGUUUCAUAUUUUGACGAGGUGUCUGUUGCUGCUGUCAGGAUGUCUGCUCAGAGUAUGGCUCAGAGGUGGUGACAUGUGUGCAUGUAUAAAAGAUUUUAGACUUGAUAAAGCUAGGUUCACACAUGCAUUGUAAUUUGUCAAGCUGAUUUUAAAUAUUCAAAAAAUUAUUUAAGUGUUGCAGAUGUCAGCUGAGAAUAUCAUCAGUUUGCAAUAUUUGUCAUUUUUUAAAACGUUCAGUGAAACCUGAAAUCAACCUGACAAGAUGCAAUGUGUAAUCUUAUAUAAGCUGCUUUCAAGUUGUACACUCAUGUCAGUUGUACAUUAAUACCAUGUGUGUACUGCAAUGAUGUUCCCCAAGCAUAGCCAAUACAUUCUAUAGAAUGAUUUGUAUUUGAUGUGCAUGGUAAUCUUUCAAGUGUUCUAGUGUAUCUACAACUUGAUUUGUCGAAGUGGAGAAGAUCUUUCCUGUACCUUUCCUGUUGACAAUAAUGGAAACUGCACUUAACAAGUGAUCUACAGAUAACUUAAGCCUUUACUACCAUUAUAUUUGUCUUCCAAUGUAAGAAGCUCUGUCGUUUCAAUAUCUACAGUAUGUUUAGUAUGGCAUAGCCAUAAUUCAUAGUGGUGUUAGAGGGGUGCACUCCCCUGAAAAUCCUCAUGUCCUUCUUCAGAUUUUCAUGAAUCCUCUGUUAAGCCUCCUCUCAAAUAAGCCCCUAUCAAAUAAGCCAUAAAACAUGACUGUGUAUAAGUAUAGAUUAUUAGUAUAGAUUAUUAAUUGGCAUGGAAUGUGACAUUACUUUACUGUUUUACUGUGUUUUGGUUACUGUAAGAAGCCCCCCUCAGAUACAUGCCUAAUAGAGGAUUUAUGGUAGCUUUGGUAUGCCUCUCAGCCUUUGAAUUCCAAGCAUUGUGUUUAAACCAAGCAAAACAUUACUGUAGACUUGAACAAAAUCUAAGAACCUCAAAUUCAGCCCAGUCUGAAUAAGAUGCUGAAAUUACAUUUGGUGGUCAGGCAUUGUCAUUGAAUGAUUGAAAAUACCUUAGAGUUAUGAAAUAUAAAUGACAGGGCAAAAUAAUUUUAAAACAGGAAUGAAUGAAUAAUAAAAUAAUGAUAAGUAAAAUUUUUAGUUUGCUUACUUUGUACUGUACAAAAAUGCAGUUAGAGUAUAAUAAUGUUGACUUUUAUAUACUAUUUCCUGUGUGUAGUGUUGGUCACUCAAGUUUAUUAUCUGUAUGCAACUAGAACUACUGUAACUUUAUUCAGCUCACUAAGAUAUUUGUGUUUUAUUGUUUUCAGUCUGAUUCUGAGUCCAAUCUGUUGUCGCUGACAUUACCCAAUGACUUCAAAGUAUCAGGAAAAUCUGACAACCAUGAGAGGAAACUGCAAAAGAUGGAGAGUUUUGCAUUCUUCAGCAGCCAAGAAGAAACAUCAAAUCUCCUUAAAAUGCGAUCUCAUCCAAGUUUAGGAAGCUCUGAACCUAACCUUCAUGCAUUAUCGGUAUGUUGACAAUCAAUGAUGAUAUAAUACAGUAGAUACAGUAUGGCAAAAAUAUUUAUUUUAUUUAACAAAUUUUAUUUGGAUCGAUAUUCACAAUUUUUAACAAACAAAUGAAUAAACAGAACAAAUAUUACAUUAAGUUAAAUUAACCUAGAUAUCAAAUGUAGAUCCAAAAAGGUAAGGUACGAACGGGACUCUUAUAAAAGGUCCCAUGCAGGGCACCCACCUCCAAAAUAGUAAUCAUGAUAACAAAUAGAACAUCGCGAACUCAAACUCGCUAAAGGAUUCAGGCAAGCAAAAAAUUAAAUGGAAUAGUUAAACUCGAAAUUCAAAAUAGUCACCGCUUCAGAGAGUUUGAGUAAACGUGGCUCAAUUUCCUGAAACUGGGCGUGUCAAGUAAACUAAGAGACAGAUUGAACAUGCAUGUAAAGGUAAAGGCCAGCUUCCACACAGGAAGAUCCUCCGCUGAACAGAAACGGCGGGAGAGCUUUCAUUGUGUUAAAUUCACGACGUCCACGUCGACGUCAUUCGUGUUGAUUAAAUUCAUUUAGUUCGAAACCAGAGGUUCCAAACGAAAUCUCGCAAAACAAACUGAAAACUUUCCCGUCCACCCCGAUCCUGAAGACCCUCCCGAAUGGAGACUAGCCUUUACAUGAUAGACAGAAACAUAUUACAGACAGAGACAGACAAAUAUACAAACACGCCAAACUGACUUAACUAUUUCCCUGUGGCAAGGACAGUCCGGAACCAGGGACCACGUCAAUAUACAUGUAUAUACAGUAUAUGAUGAAGUGAGAUUAUUGUAUAAUCUAUAUAUAGUACAUACUAUAGCACUAUGAUGAGUACAUUUUGUUUUAGCCUUUUCUUUAGCCAGGGUGCAUUGCCACUUAAAGGGUUAAGAGGAUGCAUGGGUGGAUGGGUCUCAUUAAAUUAACACAUUGAGUGGCCGCACUCAGUACUCUACCCUUGAUGAGUAAAAUUGUCUGGCAUUAGACAGAGUAAAAUUAUAAUAAAAUAAGGCACUUUUUUUCACAACUCCCUGCUAGUUUUUAUAAUUAUGAUGAACUGAUGAUGAACUGUUUGGAGACUGAAAAAUCAUUUUGCACUUUUGAGAUGUACUGUAAGGUUCCAAUCAUACAGGUUUUGCAUUUGCAACUGAAAUAUAUUAUUAAGGUUUAGGACUUCGACAUUUGUACUUUCAUAUUAUUAAAGAGAUAAAUAAGAUGUAGUCUGUACAUCCAGCCAACUUUUUCACAGUUCCAUGAUCAUAUACUGUACAAUGUACUUUGAAUCAACACUAAAAGUACAGUAUACUAACUUUGAUUGAAGAAAUUGUCAAUAGGAUAAGCGCAAAUUAGAAUGAGCAGAGAAACUUCCGAUAAACGUUUCUCUUUCAUGACACUGUAUUGGUAGUUGUAACUAUAGUUCUUGGUUGUCAGACAAUAGUUAAACUAGCAAAUCUGACUUCAUUAGGGUACAGAUGAGGUACUGCCCAUGAAACUACAACAUAGUACUGCAUUUUUAUUAUACUAUAUGGCCAUAAACCGCGGAAAAAGAGAAAUGGAUCAUGGAUUCACAGUAUAGUUUAAAAACUAAAAUUAUCAAUGUAAAAAGCUUAAAAUAUCAUUGACACUUCAUUUCAAAGUGUUAUAACUCAACUUAACAACUCCAAACUUCAGUUCAGUUUUCAACUCGUCACUAAAGAAAACAAGCACAUUGAGGUUGCAUGAGACUUGAGAGUUCAAGUUAAACCAGAUUAUGCGAGAGUAAUGUUAGUAAAGUUAAUGAAUUAAAUUUCAGUGCACAUUCUCUAUUUUCCUUGUAUUUGUAUUUAAUUUAAUUGGGUAAUCGCAUGGGGCCGAGUAACAUUAAGGUUUAAUUAAUCACACUUGUUUUCAGAGUUUUACGAAACAUGAAACUUUGAAAACACAAGUGAAAUUAAAAUUUAAUUUUAUGAGGAACUGUGCGAUUACUUGUUAAUCAUAGAGGGCAAAAUUUAUUUGUAAGUUGAUUGUGAACUUGUCAAGUUCUUGAACCUCGUAUAUGUCUCCCUGUUUUCGCCGAUGUUCCUUAAUGCUGCCCAUUUAUUAAAUACUCCAACCCAUAAAAUUGUACUUUUUCUAGUAGGUGUAUUCGGGUUUUCAGUAGAAGUUUUUAAUUCCUCAAUAACAUUAUUAUCAAUCUGCAACGACAAAGCGAGAAGCCAUUGUUUUUAUUGCUAUUUAAAACAAGAAACUUCCCGCACUUGCAUCUCAGCCAAUCAGGUACAAGUGAUUUUGCCCUGAAUUAAGAAAAAAUGCCCUCAUCAUUAGCCAAUUGCCCUUUAUAUGAUUAAAUAAUUAAGUUUACUCGAUUUUAACAUUGGGGUAAAGUCCAAGUGUUGGACAGCAUUUAUAAUCUCAUGAACAUGAACUAUCUGCUGAGUAUGUGCUAGUCUAUCCAUGUAAACAAAACCUUGAACCAGGGGCGCCGGAAGCAACAUGAAGCGGCGGGGGCAGCCAUUUAAAAAGGGCACUUACUCUUGAGCCUUAAUUAUUUUUUUUUGGGGGGGGGGGCAAUGUUCGUUAACAUUUUGCUGUAUAUUAACGGAUACUUCAUUACUUUUAGCUAAUACAGUUAGACAAAUUUCGGCAUGGAUUGGAACAUUUUUAUUCGUUGCAUGACACUAUAAAGACUAAAAUAUAUUGUAAAUCAACAUGACAGUUGUCAGUUAUUUAGGAAGGCUUCCUUUUUUACUUUUUUUCAUAGGUGGAAACUGAUUGGUAACGUUUCUGAGAGGAAUUCAGAUUCAAAUAUGAGCUAAAUUGUUUAUAAACAGUUUUCAAUUUCAAUUCAUGUGAAAAAUGCAUGACGUUCGAAGUGCAGUUCUGGAAAAAAAGGCAACCUGCUGCCCCCGUGCUGCCCCCGUGCUGCCCCCGCACUGUUCCCCGCACUGUUUAGGCAACAGGAGCAGCUGCCCCUGUGGCUCCGGCACCCCUGCCUUGAACACAGACUUAUAUAAUCAAAUAAUAUGUAUUCAAGUAUUGUAGGAUUGUGUAAUUUGGAAAGUUAUCCCUAGUCUGCGAACAGGCUCUCAAGGUGAAAUGAGAGCCUGCAUCGAUGACUAAUAAAUUUGAAUAUCUGCAUCUCAAAUUGUGACGCGAAAUUCUCAUUGGUCAGAUGCUAUAAUUUAUUCCGCUGAGCUCUAUAUAUGUCAACUGCUGAAGCACUAUGCAUAAAAAACACAAUCAUUAACUGAUCAAAUUGGUCUUGGCCAUCUUAUCUCAAAUCACGAAAUGUUCUGUUUUGAGGAAACAGUAUUUAAAACAUUUAAACUUUUGCUUGAAUAUCUUAUAUUUCAAAAACAGUAUAAACUGUACGGUCUAAAUUUACUGUAGUUUGCACAGUCUAAAUUUAGUUUGCACGAAAGUUGUAAAUAACACCAUAUAAGGAUAGACAUUCCAUAUUUGGAAAAACAAACGUUACGGGGCAGAUGUUCAAAUUCAUUAGUCAUCGAUGCAGGCUCUCAUUUCAUCUUGAGAGCCUGUUCGCAGGCUAGUUAUCCCUGGGUUAAGUGACGUCUGAUUUUAAAAGGAAUCCUUUGCUCUUUAGAAAUGUUUCCUUUCUUGUUUAUACUUCGUAAUAUUCUCUAUAAAGAGGAAACCAAAUUUAUGUUUUAAUUUGGUUAUCCUGCUUUUAUAUCAGAAAGGAAAAUGGUACAGUAUAUGUUGAAAAACCAUGCUAUACAGCUGUCCAGGGAGGGUGUGAAAAUCGUUUUCAUUACAAAUUUUCAACAUUUAGCUGUGGGAAUCACAUGCAUGCAUACAUUACAUAUUACUCAUAAACAUAGAGUCACAAUCUUUCUCAAUGGCCAAUGUGCGAGGCAGCACACUAUUCAUGACAUGCUAUGGUUUCUCCAGAGUCCACUCGAGUGACUCGACACAGUCUUUCGUGCGAGUAAUGUAUUGUCGAGAUCUUGAUUUGUGUCUGUCUGUAAAGAUGUUUUUCCAGGGAAAUAAUUAAAGCUUCAGGAAGUUUUUUAAACGAGGGGGGAGGCAGUCAAACUUUAUUUUGUAUUGUUCGUGCAGCACACAUGUUUCUUCUCAGGAUUUUAAUAAUAGUUUAUACAGUAUACCUGUAAGCCACAUAUAAAUCAUAAGUAUUCUCUAGUUAUAAUCACUCCAUAUUUUCAGUUCCAAAAUGAAAUGUUGUAUUUCCACUGGUGAGAAAGAUUGUGACUCAAUCUUUACGACCGUUACAACCAUAUGGAAACCAGGCUUUAGUUUAGUCAACACGUCAUCGAUUAAUAACCUAGCUACACCAAAUUUGGAAAAUUUCACUAAAUUCUAAAAUUUUACUAAUUACGUUUUCGUUUCAAUUUAGGGAAUAAGCAAUAGAAAGUGCAGGUAAAGUAAAUUUUAUGUUAAAAUUUUGGAAACUUUAAAACGUUUCAACAUAUACAUAAAAUUGUCCAAUUUUCCAGCUAGGUAUCUUUAUUUGCCAUUCUUGCUACUGUAUACUCCAAGACCAAGAAUUUUAUUUCCAACUUUAGCAUCCAUCACCUCCAUACAUUGAUACCCAAUUUAUACCCAUUUUCCAACUGUAAUCUACCUAUCGCAAAACAAUGUUUUCAUUUGACAAGUCGGUUUUAAAUCAACAAAUUUCUAAACAAAAGAUAGUUUUAGCCAUAUUUUAUAUAGGUAUAAAAUAAGGCUGAAAAUAUCUUUUGUUUAGAAAUGCUAAUCUAGUUUGUAUAGAAUAUUGAACCAAAAUACAGAGCUAGAUAUAGAAACUAAAAGCAAAGCAUUGCAGCAUAAAUCUAUCUCGUGAAUGACUUCGAAAUUUGAAAAAAAGCAGAAUUUAACUCUGCAUUGAACCACACUAUUACUUGCUUGCAGUAGACAUGGAUCAUGCCGAAAGGAGGCACCCGCUUGCAGUCUAUGGAAAACCUGGAAAGUCAUGGAAAUUUCAAUAUUUCAAAAUCAGUUUUAGUCAUUAGAAAAGGGAUGAGGGGAGUUUUCAGCUUGCACAGGUUUUUGUAAAGUUUUGACCGAUGUUUCCAUGUUGGACAUUUGGCCUUUAUUUAUGCAUCACUUAAUUUUUCUGAUACUUAAAUUCUGAUGUUUAGUUUUGUUUUCUGUAGUGUUGCAAGUAAUCGCAGACACCGCAAGAAUUUUGCUGGGAUAAGGACUCCACCACAGGCCAGAUCUCCUAGAGGUAUUUAAGUUUUGAAAACUGUUCAAUAUUACGUUCUUUAUAUGCAUUGCUGUGCUUGAUUGGUAGAGGGAGUAUAUGAAACCUGUGCUGCAAUAUUGGCUAAAGCAGGCAAUAGUUAAUAGGACAUAUGUACUGUAUGAACGUGUACAUGUCUGUUUCCCAAACAUAUUUUCAUUUGUAAAAAUCCUCCCCGUACACCCAAAUUAACAGCGUUUAUGGGAACGUUGGGAACAAAUAAUUUACAGCUAAAGUUUGGAAAAAGAUUUAUUUUUCCCAUAUCCACCUUUGUUUAUACAUUCCAUAGUUUAUUCAUUCCACAGUACUGAAAAAUAGAAAUUCAUUGUUCUGUUUUGGGCAAAAUUGUACAGUACCUCCUCGACAUAAGCUUUAUUUACCAUCGUUUUCAGCUAAGGAUAAACAGUUAGAGUGAAACGUAUAUAUUGAUUAUUGUUUAUAUGUGCACGUGGAAUUUUCAAUCUGAUUAGCAAUCACGACGUGAAAUCUUGAAAUUUUCAAAUACUUGUUAGAAAACUAUGCGAAAAACGACAGUAAUAUUUGUAGUCACGAUUAUGAGUGUUUGCCAUUCUGCUCUCAUGCAAGUAAACAUAUUGUAAGUACUGUCCGACAUAAAAAAUGUUCGCAUUUGUGAAAGACUGUUGGUAGCAGCCUGUAAUACUCACAUGUUAUAACAGAUUUCAUUUUUUUUAGGUUGGGAAAGUCCAUCUGGUAGUCCAUUGCACGGGUCUUCGUUGUGUUCUGUUCCUCUUCAAUUCAAUUUUCCCAUUUCAAGAUGGUAAGCCAGGCCCAGGUGCAUGCGCGUGUACAGUAGCUCGAAGACUAUUGAAACAGAGUGUUGUCAUAUCAUUGAAACAGUGUGUUGUACAACGUGACGAAGAAUCAGAUCAUUCAUGAUUGUUCAAUCCAAUUUCGUUUUUUCAUUCGUAAUGAACAACAAUUAUAGAACGAUGUGUUGAAAUUAAACGUAGUCAAACGACAUCAUUAAAUGACGUAAAAUGCAGUAAGGACGAUGACGUAAUGACGUAAAAUGGAGUAGGUUACCAUAAAAUUAUUAAUUUUUAUUAUAUGGCAAGCAUCACUUCCGGUGAAAUGGCGGACUGUGAUUGGCUGAGAAGCACUUUCAGCAGUCCAUUAUUUUCCCGUAUCCAUUACGUAAAAACACAGGUAAAAACAAACGCAUGCAUUUUAAAACAAAACAGCAAAAAUAAUUGAAAAUUUGAAAAUUAUGAUUUAAAUUGUUAUUAAUAAGAUAUCUGCGAAUGGUUUUUAGUGGAACACUAAUAUGCAUUCCAAUUCAUGCAUUUCUUGUUUGUUUCAAGUAUAAAUGCCAUAUAAUAAACUUUUUAUUAACCACGCUUGCUCUAUACUUACAGAGAAAUAUCGGACCUCGCGUUCGGUUAAUAAGAAGUUGAUCCACAAGAAAUAAAGCACGCAAUGGGUGUCCAUCCCUAAAUUUGGAUGAGCUGCGCAUUCGCCUAAUGGGUUUCAGUCAAUCGAAGUGCAAUGUGAUUAGCGAUAAAUUCUUCGCGACAAAGUAGAAAAUGAUCCUACUCUUUCGCCACGAUUGCUAUCGCUACCCAAUACGAUUGCAAAUAUUUAAUAUUUUUAAAUGACUGCGGCGCCCUUCGCGCGCGACCAAAUUUCAUCUAGUGGAAAACGGGCUUAAAGUAUGUAUACACUAUGGAUAUCACGUCAUGCGUUCAUACUGUAUGUUAUCCAACAGAUAGAAACUAAUUUAAUCAAUGAAAGUAAAUUUUAAUGAAAAUCAAUUUUUCUGGAGUAAAUUUUUGAAAUUUUGCCAAACCAGUGGACUUGUACAGUGUUGGAAGUAGAGUUAAUAAAGUCAUUAAAGUGUUUGGUUUCUCUAUUUAGUCGUGAUAGUAGAAGAUGGUCUGUAACAUCAUCUGGUUAUGGCACUACACCUUACUCUUCCUACUCGGUAAGUUGCUAAUAACCACCAGGUGCAAAUUAUAAAAAAUGCUGCACUGUAAUUUUCAAGCAGUUGAAUCAACCUCAAAAGUGUUAUUCUGUUACUAAAAACUGUGCCACCAAAAAUGUGCCACCAAAAAUGGUGCCACCAAAAACUGUGCCACCAAAAAUGUCCCACCAAAAACGGUGAUAGAAUACUGUAACUCUUUUGGAGUUGAUUCAACUCCUUGAUAUUUCCAGUGUGCCAGCAUCCUCGUCUCCAGGCCCAAGCUCGGGCGGACCACUGUGAGGGCCAGUUUACUGUAAACACAUCUGCCUUUCACGCCAAAUAAAUACCUACCCAGUUUUGUGAUUGGUUCUCUAAAACAAAUAUGAUCAGUAUUUGACUCGUUCUUUGGAGAGGUGAUUCGGUGACUCCUAUACUUUAGUGUAUUAUUGUCUUUUAUUAUCAACCAGUCACAAGAAUAUUCGUAACGAGUCGCUACGUAGAGUAGUUAAACAAUACGCCAGCCAGGUGUAUACCGUGGUGCAGUAUCUUACACUUAAUCAUGGGUUGGAAUUCUGGAAAAUUCUUCCGCUUCCAAUAUAUAGACUGUACUGUGUAUUGCACUCUUGCCCCAAUGGCCUCGUUUUCAUGUGGCGAUAUCCUCGUGUUUCGUGGACAAUACUGUUAAGGAUAGGCUUGUGAUUGGGCUCAAGAUCAAAGAGAACGAAACAUGGGAUAGACCCUUAAUGUUCGCCUUCCAUACUAAAACAGACAAACACAGAAACGAAGCCAUUGGGGAAAAAGUGCCAUAAACAGUACUAUUAUUCGCUUUUGCUGGAUAAUUUAGAGUAGAGAUGAAUUAAUCUUUUAUUUUUACUCCAUUUUUGUAGUCUUUAACCUCUUCUCAAGAACGACUUAAUCAGGUAAGUCACAAGAACAUAUUUCAACGAGAGAAUAUCGGAGAUACUGUAACUUUCUAUGCGGUCGUAAGGCUUUAUAUACUGUGUGAAAGGAUAAUGACCAUAAUUAGUGCUCGUUCAUUUGGGUAUCCAAUGCAAGACAUCGUUCUGUGAAAGUGCUUCAGAAACAGGCAGUGCAUGUUUUAAAUCAGUGCAUCUGGAGAAAAAAUAGAGUAAAACGGAAUGGAGAGAAUUAAUUUGUAACACAAGUGGAAGAUCAACUUUAGAAGAAUAUCAGAGAGAGUUGAGAAAGGAAAACAAUUCUGUUUAUGCAUCACCUGUUUUUGGUUUAAGCGUGUUUUGUGUACGACACGGUUUUAACGUAGAGUUACAGUAUAUAAGCAACUAUUUGAAAAUUGCAAAUACGUAUUGUUUUGUACAUUUAUAUAUGCAUCUCUACCUUUAUAGCUCCCGAAUAUCCCUUCUUUUGAUGAUUUGAACUUCAGGUAAAAGCAACAGUGUGCAUACCCUGUAUACAUAACUUCACUGGUUUGCUGUUGUAAUGAUGAUUACAGCAAUUCGAGAUUUGCAGAUUAGUAAAAGUCGUCUCUAUAAUAUACCUUACAUAUACUUAUUUCACCACGGUAUAUUUUACAGUGAUGUGGACGAUGAAAGAUUCGUUGGUGUUUUUCCACGUCGAGGCCGCUCACGCAGUUUAAGGUGUGUUUAAUUUAAUUCACCUCACUUUAAGUAUAGUGAGUUAUUCGUAUGAGUUGUCAUUUCAAAUCCUCCAGUUCGGACUGGAUUAGAUUUCAUGUCCUCGCAUUUUGAUCCAGUCAGUUGAUAAAGUCGCGCGAACUUGAAUCUAAUCCAGUCCUCAUAUAGUCGGAUAUGAAAUAUUACGUAAAUGAAAAGUGAUGAACUGAAAAAGUGAUAUAUGUACAUACAACGUAUUCUUUAUUUACCGAACGUCUGAAAUAUAUUUACUGUACUAUACAAAAACAUUUCUGUAACGAUAUGUCGAAAAAUAGCAAAGUUUGUAAUAGGCCACGGUGCUCGUGUACAAUUUGUUUCUUUUCUUAAGUUCUUACCAAUGUGAUUAAUUGCUUUACAGUCCUCCAAGGCAUGCUGUUGAAUCAAGUGAAAUUGUCACUACUACGUCUUUGUACAAAGAACGUUUUCCAAAGGUCUGUUUAUAUUUGAUGUUAUUAACUUCUAAUUUUUCAUGAGAUUGUAACGCGUAUCCAACAUAUAUAGUAUACAGUAUUUACCGUAACAGUUCUAUCUGAUAACUAUUCAACUUCAUUAGGCUGUUAAACAAUUGGAGGAGCAACUACAGGUAAUUUAUAUUUCCAGAGUUUUUAGAAGGCAUGUUGAUGAAAAUUUAGGAGCCACUGGAAAAAAAAUUGAAAUCCAUACUAUGAAAUUUGCAAUUGCACCACUAUAUCCAUACUAUAUCCAUACUAUUUCCAUACUAUAUCCAUACUAUGGAAAUAUACAAUUAUUAUGGAUAACCAAAAUCGAUUCUAUUUCCAUGCAAAGGUCCAUACAAUUUCCAUACUAUAACCUUCUAUGGAUUUUCAAAAUUUUUCCAGUGAGUUGCAGUCACGAUGUUGCAUGAUAAAUACUGAGUACAUGUUUCAUUGAAAAUAUUGAAAAUAUAGCUUGGCAUUGAAAUAUAUCUUACAUGCUGAUAGAAAAUCUUGAAUCACUUAGGCGUUUAUUGAAAAACACGUGGAAGACGACAAUGAAGUAAAGAAAAAUGGAGAUGGUGUCUCGAAUUUUUUUCUUGUUCAGGUACACCACCAUCUUCUAUUACUAACAUCUCAUCACAACGACUGGGGUUGAAAUGAAAUUAAUAUAUUUAUUUAUCAAUGAGCGCAUUGACGCAGGAAACUUCACUCAGCACUAAAUUGCGCAGAACUAUAGUUCGUAUUGUUAAAAACGUCAUAUAUACUGUACUUGGGUGUGAAAAAUGAAACGUUUAGCCCAGUCAGAUGAACACCGCGGAAAAACGUCUGCGCAUGCGUCAACCUUACCUGUAAUAGUAUGCGAACUUGAUGAGAAGCUGUUCCGAACGUUUCCGAAGGCUCAAAAUGGCGGUAAAAAGGAGUGACUUCAUUGUGCGUCUUUACAGCCAGAUUUCGAGCGCAAAAAUAAACAUGUCAUUCUAAAAACUAGGAAUAAAUACAGCCAGAAGGUUCAAGAAAUUGUAUUGUACAAGAACAUGAACUAAAGGUGAUUGUUGACAAAUUUAUCGUCUGAAACAUUUUGUUUAUCAACUAAGCAACGACAAUUUCCGAAUUUUCGUUUGAGAUACAUUUCUUUAAAAAAAACUGUGUCGCCAAAUAUAAAAAAUUUUCGUGUUCACAAUAAUUAAACUUUAGGAUUUAUUCUACAAUUUGAGUGGGUUGAGCAGCUUAACUUUUCGAGAGUUUUCUUAACUUUUUAGUUUGAAUUUUUGUUUUGAAUAAUUUUGCAAACAUUUUCGAAGUCGUGUCCGUUAAAAUCAACAAUUUUUUACAUGAAUUAUAUUUCAUUCCAUACUUUAAAUGCCAGGACGCUUUCAAUUAAUGUCUAGUCUGCCCAUUUGCUAUAUUUUCUCGUUUGUUUUACUAAUUUUUGACCAAUUGAUAAUCAUGUUUUUGUUUUAGAAAUUGAUAUUCAAAUUCCCCGCCAUAUUUUCAUAAUUUGGUGCAUGCGCAGACGUUUUUCCGCGGUGUUAGUCAGAUGGGGUUUACUACUGUACAUGGAUCGGUGACCAUUUAAAAAACUUGAGGUUACGUGAGUUGGGCUGCCGUAGUUGAUCUCGUGUGUGUGUGUGUGUGUUGGGGUUCCUCCCAAGUAUUCCGGUACUUCUCAAGUAUUCCGGUUCUUCUCAGCACCUGCACUUAGGUUAUUACAGUAUUUGUAAGAAAAUGUGAUUGUGCAUUUGUGAGGAAAGUUUAGGAUUGUAUAUAUCUUGAACAAAUGCUCAUUUAUAUCCUGCGAGUAUAGUAUUAAUUAAAGUUCCCUAAGACGAGAUUGGGCUUCUCUGACCAUUUUCGUCAUUUCUGACUCGCAUGUGCCUUUUGACUGGUCAUUAAAGGCGCAUUCUUAUUCUUUUAUACGAAUAAGACUAAAGGUCUUCUUAUUAUUGUAGGUUGUAGAGGCCGCCCGUGAUUGUUUAAGUAAAUCUAAAGAUGGUCUCUUAAGCAGCGGAUAUUUUAUGGAUUUGAGCGAAAAUUUACAACGGUUGCUGUUUGAGGUAUGAAGUGACUUUCCAUGUCUGGAAACCUUUUAUUUUUUCACAGUGUUGUUUGCACUUGAGGAUCUUGCUCGCAAAUCUUUGAACAUACAGUACAACACGUAUAACAUAAGUACUGUACACCUUAACAUAUAACAUAAGUACUGUACGCAAGUAUAGUACAUAAGUACUGUAUAUAAGUACUGUAUAUAAGUACUGUACUUAAAUAACAUAAAAUUUUAUGCCAAGUUUUAUGUUGGAAGAAAACCAUGGGGUGAACUGCAUGAUUAUACGUGUUUCUUACCAGAAUAAAAUAACCACGCAAACGAUCACUGAUGCAAUCUAUUUUCAAAUAUGUCAAUUUACCAAGUGACAUUCUACUAAUUGUUUUAUUAUAAAUUCAGUAUUGAAAAAUAAUAAUAUAUACUAUAAAUAUAAUUAACUUCACUCUUCUGCUUUUGAGUCAAACGAAUCCAGCUGUCGGAAUUUUGUCGCCCGAUUCUGUUGUUUUCCGGUUUUAAAUUGCCAAAUAAAUUGUUUUAGGCAUGUAAAAGGUACUUUUGUCUUUCGGAAAUAGGUUAACACCAUAUAUUUUGCUACUUUUGCUUUUAGUAUGUGCCUUCAAUUUCUUCAAUUUUUUCUUCGAAGAUUUGUUUUGCAAAUGGAUUUUCGGCAGCCAUUUGUUUUGAAAGCAAUUGUUCCUGGGGGAGGGGGGGGGGGCGUUCCUGCUCAGAGCAGUCUGAGCAGUAAUUAUUGCCAUAGAGUUACUGCUGAGGGAGCCAAUCAGGACACUUGAAAGCCAUUUUUCAAUACUGAAUUUAUACUAAAGCUCUAUGUCAGAAAUUGCGUUACAAGUUGCCGAAUAUUACCUCGCGUAACAUGACCUUUAAAUAAGGCUGUUUCUAUAAUUGUUUAGGCACGCUCAAAAACAGAUAACGAUAUUCCAGUUAUUAAAGUAUUCCGCCAAUUGUUCAUAAUUGUUUCAAGAGUCGCACGGCUGUUAUCCUGUUUGGUAAGUUGAUAUACUGUAGUUGUUUAACCCUUUUUUGAUGUUCAGAACUAUAAAACCAAAGCUUCGAACAACCGUUGAACUCGACCUGAACUGUAACCAAUAACCAUUUUAUUAAAUGUCAUAUGAUUGAUUACAUGUGUACACGUACCCUGGACUCCCGAGUUCAGAAGAACGGUAUCAUGAAAUGACGAAGUUUUUCACAUCCUGUUAUAGAAGUACUGUAUUGAGCCUUUACUGAGUUACUGUAUUGCACGUUCACUGAUAAUAUAUAAACGCAAUAAACAAGUACUGUAGUUGAAAGAAUUUAUGUCACUUCUUUAUGGAGUAAAUAUAGUAAUUCUUGCAGGUUCUGUUGACUAGCUCUACCGCGCGUAUGAUAUUUAUGAUAGAAAUAAAUAUACUGAUAGAGGUAUACUGUAUGUAAUAUAGUGAUAAUGAUACUGUUUUAGGAAUUUGAUGCUGAAGAGUUCUACAAUGAUCUUCAAGCUACCGAAGUACGUUCAGAUGAACUUGAAGCUUAUGUUAAAAGUAGAUUAAAUGUUAAUCAUUCCGAGCAGACGUCGCCGAAACAAGCUUCGCCGGAAAGUCAGGUAUUUUUAUGGUAUUGUUGUGAUUUACUGUAGUUGGUUGCAUAGUCAAGUCCUACAGAUCUCUACAUUGCCCACCAGGUUCCCAUGCUCUCUGCAUUUUCCUCGACAUUGGAUGGUUUUCUUAGAUAUAUACAGCCAUGCACUAGUCAUGUCAGUUGCGUGUGAGAAGAAUGUUUCCCUUUUGAAUCUACAGUACCAAACACCACAGGGUUCGUCUGGGCACUCCAGUUUUCUCCAAUAAUAACACUAGGCAGGGAUGGAUCCAGCAUAAUCUGGUAGGAGUGCUCUGCCAGCCCUGGUGCCGAAUUGUGUCGGUCAUGUGUGCCGUCCACCCAUCAGCAUACUGUAUCAUCAUGUUAUUGCUCAAAUUACUGUCUCUCAUUUUGUCUCUAUUAUUUUUUGCUUAUCAUGAAAAAUAGCACCCCCUCUGGCCAGGACUAGGGGGUGCCCCCCCAGUGAAUCCAUCCCUGACACUAGGUCUUAGAGGGGUUAGAUAAAACUAACUUGAAUUCUGAACUUUUGUUCUCAGGAUUCCCCUCGCAGUGAAGCGCCACCUUCCGAAGAUGAUUUUGAAUAUAAGAAGUUAAUUAGUAAUGGUGCUUUUGGGUAAGGACUUUUCAUUAUUAAAGUGUGGCUUUAAUGAAUGUUCAUCACUUAAUUAAACAAAUGAGUAUAAGUGUGUUAACUUUAUCUUUUUUAUUUAUUCUUAGGGCUGUGUAUUUAGUUCGUCAUCGGAAGACAGGAAUGAGAUUUGCCUUGAAGAAAAUGAACAAACAAAGUAUGAUCUUGAGAAACAAGGUAAUUAAUAGAGACAAGUUUAUCUCGUAUUGCCGUGAAUUAAAAGUACAUACAGUACAUGCACGUUUACUAAUGCAGUUGAUAGGCUUGAAAUACUGUUGCAUUCCGGAGAUUUUGACAAACUCUCUUGAGAUUCACCAUCGUUGUGGCUGGAUUUCGUCUUAGAUGAUGUAUAAACUCGAACGAUCAGUGCCAGCGUAGGUAGUGACAAUAACACCAGAAAGCUGCAGAUUCAGAGAGAUUCAACUGCCUGAAAAAUACAAAUAAAAUGUAUACUGUGCUGUACGUAUUUUACGGAAGGUUACUACUGGGCUUGUUGUGAAUGGCAAUGCAAAUUUCAUUAUGUUUGUAUAAUUGCUUUGACAUAUGUCUUUCGUACCUACAUAUGUUCUGCUUCCAAAUACUGUAUAACGGAGCAAGGUUUCCAGUACCAAGUCGUUAAUUACUUGUUUUUAUUAUAUGGCAAGCAUCACUUCUGGUAAAAUGGCGGACUGUGAUAUUUUCCCGCGUAAUGAACCGGCGGUCCAUUACGUAAAAUCAAAGCCAUGCAUUUUAAGACAAAACAGCAAAACUAAUUGAAAAUUUGAAAAUUAUAAUUUAGUUUGUUAUUAAUUAGAUAUCUGCGAAUGGUUUUUAGUGAAAAAGAAAGAAUACAUUGGUAUUUUUUGUUUUCUUCGACCAAAUGUGUACCACGCUACUAAUAUGCAUUUCAAACCAUGCAUUUCUUUUUUGUUUCAAGUAUAAAUGCCUAUAAAUGCCAUAUAAUAAAAUUUUUAUUAACCUCGCUUGCUCGAUAUGUACAGAGAAACAUCGGACCUCGAUCUUUUUGUACAAACCUUGCCCUACGGGCUCGGUCUGUACAGACCUCGCGUUUAUUUAGACCUGUCCGUUCUCUGUACAGACCUCGCGUUCGGUUAAUAAGACGUUAAUAAUAUUUUACCUUUCAGGUCAGUCAAGUUUUUGCUGAACGUGAUAUUCUGGAAUUUGCUGACAAUCCGUUUGUCGUUGGAAUGUGGUGCAGUUUUGAGACCAAGGUAAUUAUUCUUGCCGAGAAAGUGAUGUCGUCGUCGCCAUUUUGGCUGAAUUUUGGCUGAAUUGAACAGUUUCCUUCAAGUUUAAAUCAGUUGCGAAUAUUUUGAGAUCGUUUUUACGAGGUUGUAUCAAAUUUAUGUUAAGUAAUUACUAGCUAAGUAAUUACAGUGCAUGCAUUUUAGUUUGAAUUUCGUGUGGUUCAUAGGUUUAUAUAUUUCAGUACCUCAUUCCUUGUCCGAUAUGCAAGUAAAUUUGAAAGUAGGAACAUGUAAACUGUAGACAUGCAUACGUAGAAAAAACAUGCACUAGGGUUUGUUGAACAAUUUUAUCGUAUAUGCAAUGCAAUAUUAGAGAGUUUGAGCAAGACAACGAAGUACGAAGACGUACUUGACAAUUUUUGCCCGUCUGCACAGUGCACAUUGUCUUGCGCAUACUGAGUUUGGGCUCACUAUAGUGGUUGCUCAAUGUGUCUUCGUUCAACAACCACCGCUGGGUAAUGUGGAGACGGGAAAAAAUUGUUAAGUACAUCUUCGUACUUUGUUGUCUUGCUCAAACUCGCUAAUGCUUAUACUGUUAUUGCAACUAUCCCAAAAUGACGUCAAAAGGACGAGGGUUAAGGUUAAAUAUAGGAAAUUCGGAUUGUAUUUAAAUUGAAUAUUAGACUAUAAAUAUCUACAUAUUGACACGGACUAGUAACUAAAACACAGCUUUCUUGUAGAAACAUCUUUGUUUGGUGAUGGAAUAUGUGGAAGGAGGUGACUGUGCUUCUUUGCUUAAGAACAUCGGCUGUUUACCUGCUGACCUUGCAAGGUAUGAAAUUAACAAGCACCUCUCACAGUUAACUAUUCUUGGUUGAGUUUCCCACUGACUAUAUAGCGUUUCUUACUCUUUACAGACAAUACUUUUCUGAAACGGUGCUAGCAUUAGAGUACAUACAUAGUUAUGGGAUAAUUCAUCGUGAUUUGAAACCUGACAAGUUAGUACUUUAUUUUCACAUUCUUUAUUGUCUUUUCCUUUUUACAAUUUUACUGUGAAAAUUAUAUACUGUAUGUGGAGUGUUUUCAGCUAAAACAUUUUCAAUUUCAGUUUACUUAUUACUUCGCUCGGUCAUAUUAAAUUAACCGAUUUUGGGCUUUCGAAAAUUGGUCUUAUGGAAAGUAAGUGACCAGACUUUAUACUUUUUUGCAUUGUAUUGUUUUAAAUGAAUACCCUUUGCAGUAGUCCGUGUAUCGAAAUCCUUAAGGUGUGAUUUUGAAUCCCUCUUGAGACAACCCAACUUUCGUUGUUCUCUGCAGUCCCAGCGUAAAAGCUGAUCUCCACUAGACGAUUUUUUAUGACGAUCGUCAUAAAAAUUCGCGGAAUCUUAUUGGUUAAAAAUUUGACGCUCGACGAAAAGUAGAGGUCAAUCCUACUUUUCGCCGAGCGCUAGACGAUCGUUCUUAUACAUUCAACUUUCUUAGCGUGCAUGGUUCAACCAUGGAUAAUAAAAUAAAUGGAUAGGACUCUCGCUGACGUAAGCAAAAACAACCUAGUUGCAAUCUGUGACGUCACGCGUAUUGCAAAGUUCUCUGCAUUUUUGUUGUUUCGCUAUAUUUCCCGCCUUAAAAGAGCGAUAUUGAAGCACAAACCGGUCUAACUGUUUUAAAAACAUGCCUAAGCCACGACAAACUAUUCAAGGUAAAUGUUUUUCGUCUUUGUUUUGUAUUUUUUUACAUUUGUAGCUACGAAAUUGGCGUCCCCAAUUUUAACGAAAUUUGGGAUGCCUUUUUCACUGUUUAGUGCUUGAAAUAUUUGCUAAAAUUGACUGGGAAUACUUAGAGAUUUCAUCGUAGAAUGGCGUAGUUAUAUUCAUUUGUUCUUUGACUAAAAUGUUUAGCUGUAUUAUUGCUAAACAUGCCGUUUUUGAGAAUUUGGUUUGUAACUAGGUUUCAACAUCCAAUCACGCCAUCAGCCCAUUGAAAACAUUAGGUCACGUCAGCUAGUUUCCUAUCCAUUUAUUUUAUUAUCCAUGGUUCAACGUUCAUGGCGUGCGAAGGCUAUAAAGAUGUUUCCUAGCUCUGAGGAUUAUUGUAACGAAGUGCCACUGCCUCGUUCAUCGUUAUCUUCUUACCACUGUCAAAAUUAGAAAAUGAACCCGACCUAAUAUCAAAAAGCCUUAUGAAAGCAUAAGUCUAUAAAAUAAAUUGUUCUUAUCUGUCUGAAACUUUAGUGACAACACAUCUUUACGAAGGCUCAAUGGAAGCGAAAGACGGCAAACAAUUUACUGAUAGGCAGGUAAUGUACCUUAGACUGCGCCUGUAGUUAUUACACAGUACGAUUUUCUCAUUUCAUUUGGGAGCCACGACUUUUAAUUGGUAUAACCUUGAACGGUCUGUGCCUUGAACAGUAAUGCAAUUGUUGCAGGACUUAUCCUGAAACAGAGUAACUAAUACAAUCAACAUCGUGGUCAGUCGAAGCAAAUCGUAGUCAGGACAGAAUAAAGAAUGAACUAACUUGUGUUUAUUUACUGUAUUAAUAAAACAAACACAAUCGAAAAGUGAUGAUUUACAUCGCCUAUCUUAUUAUGUUGCAGGUAUUUGGUACACCUAACUAUAUUGCUCCAGAAGUCAUCCUCCGUCAAGCUUACGGCAAACCCGUAGACUGGUGGGCGAUGGGUAUUAUACUUUAUGAAUUCCUUGUUGGAGAUACCCCGUUUUAUGGCGACACACCAGACGAGCUCUUUAAUCACACAUUAAGUGGUGAGUAUUUCGUUUUGCGUAGUGUAGUCAUAAAUAUUGAAUGAUACAUUUGGUGAACUGACUUAGUUAAGCCUCGUACCCAGGCGCUUAUAAAAGGAAAAUCGCGCUAAGCAAGCACUUCAGUGUUAUAUCUACUUCAGCGGUUAAGCUAAGCGAACGCGCAGUUAACCGCUGAACUAGUUAUAACACUGAAGUGCUUGCUUAGCACGGUUUUCCUUAUAAGCGCCUGG